AUGGAUCGAACUGUACACAUUUUUGACACCAGGUCAAUGACUGCACGGGAAAGAUGGCCGAGCUGUCUCAAGUACGAGUGUGCGGGAAUAAAGCUCAGUCAGGAGAUACCAGGUAUGGUUUACGUGUGUAGCGUUGAUAACGAGGUGGCGUGCGGUGCGUGGAGUGCUAAGAUGGCAGAUCAUCUGAAAAGUACUGCGACUGGAUCUGAGUCUCUUAUGAUGUCAGGGGCAAACACGAAAAGCCCCAGACGGGCGUUUGGGUUCAGGGGAGAUGUACGGCUAACCGGCAUUACCCGACGUAAUGACGGGUCUGAGGAGAUUGCUGUGAUGUCUGAAGCAGGGGCUUUCUAUCUGUUACGCAGACAAAGAAACUAG